AGACCUUAGAUUUAAUAAAAUCAAAAGAAUUCCAAGAGGAAGUUUUCCAAACCUACCCCAUUUACACACAUUAUUUUUAAAUAACAAUGAACUUCAAGAGCUGGAGGACGGAUCUUUCCAUGGUCUACCAGAACUGCGAUUUGUAUAUUUGUACAAAAAUAAAAUACAAAAGAUACAUCCAAAUGUAUUCCGAAGCAUCCCACAUCUUGAGCAGCUAUUCCUUCACAGCAAUGAGCUUUCCAAAUUCCCUGAGCACAUUUUUGACAGCAACCCAAACCUAAAGAGGCUGCGGCUGGACUCCAAUUCCCUUGUGUGUGACUGUGACAUGAUGUGGUUGGCAGACAUGCUGAAAGAAAAGAGUACGCACACACAAGCUGCUGUUACCUGUAGAUAUCCUAGCAAAUUCCAAGGGCGAUCACUCAUGAGCAUUGCCAAGGAAGAUUUUCACUGUGAAAAACCAAAGAUAACGAUGCAGCCAAAAGAUGUGGACGUCACUUUUGGAAACACUGUAUAUUUCACAUGCAGAGCUGAGGGUGCCCCUAACCCUGAGAUCAUGUGGUUCCAUAACGAUAACAUGAUCAACACGAAUGUGGAAGACAGAUACAGCAUUCUUGAUGAUGGGACCUUGAUGAUAGAAUCUGCCCAGGACUCAGAUAAGGGAGCAUAUGAAUGUAUGGCCAGGAAUGCUGCAGGCAUGGCCAAAACUAGUAAAGUUGAGCUAAGGUAUAUGGGUGACCAAGAAAUUCCAAAAUUUAUGGAAACUCCUAGUGACAUUACUGUCAUAGAAGGUGAGGAUGCAGAACUUGUUUGCCAUGUUAUGGGAAAUCCUCGUCCAGAUAUCACAUGGACUCUCAACUCUGACCCAGUCACUGGCAAUAUCCGGGCACGAAAGUUGGAAACUGGGUCACUGGUGAUUUCUAAUGUACGAUUGUCUGAUGCAGGGACAUAUGAAUGUAGUGCCUCAAAUUCUGUGAAGACUAUCUCAUCUUCAGCUCGUGUCAGAGUUCUAGUGAAGCCAGUGAUUGUAGAGCCUCCAGUAGAUGUCAGUGUGGUUCUGGGAACAGUAGUCAAUUUCACUUGUGAAGCCAGGGGUGACUCACAGACUGUGCUGACAUGGACAAAGGAUGGUGAAAAUCUGCGCAAUAAUGGAAGAUAUGAAGUCUUGAAGAAUGGGCAGAUGUUGAUAAUUCACAAUGCUGUAGCUUCAGACCAAGGAAAAUACACCUGUAAAGCUGAGAAUGCUGCUGGGUCAACUACUGCAAGUGGCACAUUGAGAAUUGUUGAAAAUGCUGCUCCAAGUUUCUCACAGACAAGUGAUUUAAUAUCUACGGCUGCUGGCUCAGAUGUGACUCUACAUUGUGCUGCUGAGGGAAAGCCUGACCCUCUCUAUGACUGGAUGAGAGAUGGCAGAGUUUUGCAAAAUAGAAAUCGUAUUUCUAUUCAGGCUGGGGAGUUAAGGAUUACUAAUGUGCAAUCCCAUGAUGCAGGCAGAUAUGACUGUGUCGCAGAAAACUUUGUAGGGAAAGCAUCCAAAGCUAUUUUUCUACAAGUCCAAGGAGCAGACAUAGGAAGGGUUGGAGACCAGUUUGUGAAUAGUGCUAUCCCACAAGCCACUCGCCAAGUCAACAGUGCUGUCAAUACAACUUUAUCACAACUGUUCGAUCCAACUAAAGAACACACUGUGCAGGAUCUGCUUUCUGCAUUCCGUUACCCAACACCGGAAGCUCUUGAUCUGGCCAGAGCAGAAGAAAUAUUCGAACAGACGCUGGAAAUCAUUCAACGACAUGUCAGUGAAGGUCACAGCUAUAAUCUGACUGGAUUUGAGACAUCUUACCAAGAGUUGGUGUCUCCUUCCCACAUUCAUAUGAUCGCCAACAUGUCUGGGUGUUUAAGGCGUACACAUGCAGCAGAUUGUUCUGACACCUGUUUUCACCGGCGCUACCGCACCAUGGAUGGCACCUGCAACAACUUGCAGAACCCCACUUGGGGUGCAGCUAACACUGCUUUCAACCGGUUGCUACCUGCUAUUUAUGAGAAUGGCUUUAAUUCUCCUGUAGGAUGGAAUCGCCACAAACUGUACAAGGGAACACACUUACCAAGUGCACGACUUGUAUCAUCUCUAGUGAUUGCCACAGAUCACGUCACCAGCGAUGAGCAGUUCACCCACAUGUUGAUGCAAUGGGGGCAGUUCAUUGAUCAUGAUAUGGACCUCUCACCUCAGGCAAUCAGCUUUGCCAGAUUCAGCGAUGGCCGGAGAUGUAAUGAAACCUGUGAGAAUACCAACCCUUGCUUUCCAAUUUCUGUGCCAACUUCUGAUCCAAGAAUAAGAAAUCACGAAUGUUUGGGAUUCACCCGCAGCAGCGCCACCUGCAACACUGAUUCUACGUCAUUGUUUUUCAACACUGUGUCACCAAGGCAACAGCUGAACGCCCUGACAUCUUUCAUUGAUGCUAGCAAUGUGUAUGGUAACAGUGAUCGAAUGUCCAGCAUUGUACGAGAUUUAGCAAGUAACCGAGGACUGCUCAGAGAAGGUCCAUCAACAGCCACUGUCCGCCGCUUGCUUCCCUUUGAUGAAGACACACUGGAACGACCAGACUGUCAGAUAGAGCCUAGCAAACGCCACAUCCCGUGCUUCAUUGCUGGAGACGUCCGUGUAAACGAGCAGCUGGCUCUGAUAUCCAUGCACACCUUGUGGAUGAGGCAGCACAAUCACAUGGCUGCAGGGCUGCACCGGAUCAACCCUCACUGGGAUGGAAACAAAAUAUACCAUGAGGCAAGAAAAAUCAUGGGUGCCUUGUUUCAGCACAUCACUUUUAAACAUUGGCUACCAAAAGUCCUAGGUCCAAAAGGAAUGGCAAUGAUUGGACCUUAUGAGGGCUAUAAACAUGAUGUAAACCCCAGCAUCGUCAAUGAAUUUGCUGUUGCUGCUAUGAGAUUUGGUCAUACCCUCAUACAACCAAUCAUCUUCAGACUGAAUGAAACAUUCCAUGAAAUUCCAGAAGGACACCUGUCUCUCCGUCAGGUGUUCUUUGCUCCUCACAGGAUCAUUGAAGAAGGAGGAUUAGAUCCACUGAUUAGAGGCUUGUUUGCUAAACCUGCAAAAAAGAAAUUGCCAGGAGAACUCUUGAACUCUGAACUGACAGAAAGACUGUUCCAGCUUGCCAAUGCAGUUGGCCAAGACUUGGCUUCCCUCAACAUACAGCGUGGUCGUGACCAUGGCACCCAAUUUUACAAUGACUAUCGAGUGCUCUGUGGUCUCCCAAGAGCAAGAACCUUUGAUGAUUUGCGCUCAGAGAUUCCUCAUAAAGACACAAGAGACAAGUUACAGGCCCUCUAUAGUCAUCCAGACAACAUUGAUCUGUUUGUUGGAGGUAUCACUGAGCAGGUUGUUGAUGGAGCGAAAGUUGGACCAACUUUUCUCUGUAUUUUGUCUGACCAGUUCAAGAGACUUCGAGAUGGAGAUAGAUUCUGGUAUGAAAGGGAGGGAGUUUUUACUUCUGAACAACUUGUCACGAUUCAGCAAACUUCUAUAUCAUCUGCAAUAUGUGAAAGCAGUGACAGCAUCACAAGAGUUCAGAAAGAUGUUUUCCUACUAGCUGUUGAUGAUGAUGACUAUGUCCCUUGUAAUGAGAUCCCUAAACUGGACUUGAACCAGUGGACCGACUGCUGUGAAGAUUGCCGCACUAGGGCAACACUGACAUCAUUUGCGGCACGAUUCCGAAGUCGCAGAUCUGCCGAAUACAGUUAUCUAGAUGAUCGGCCAGAUUUAUACAGCAGCAAUACCAGUGACAUUGUAAGCUAA